CGACGUUCCACCACCUGCAACACGCAUCUUCCCCUACAUCCACCUUAUCUCAUCAGAGAUCCGCAUUCCGAUCUACCUGUAACCUCGCUGCGCUGUCUCAAUCGUUCACAUAGUCACUGCCUUGGCCUCACGCGUACCACGUUGCGGUCGCUUCCGAUUAGCUAGCCGUAACUACGAACUCGUAGCCCUUUGGUCGCAUCGCCUUGAUAUUCACACCCUCGAGCCUCAUAAGAUUUCAACGCGGUAUACGUUCACACUGACGGCAGUACGGGCACAUUAGUCCGAAGCGUUAUCCCGGUCAUGACUGUCGUUUGCCUAUCGCCUCAGUAAGAGGCCUCAAAAGAUUCGAGCUUCCGCGUGCACCUCUCAGUCCUUGCAGAGCUAAGUCCUCAGGCCGUACCAAGACUCUUUCGCAGCAUCUACACCCCAAUGGCUCCAUCUAAUCCGUUUUCGUCGUACUUCCGCUCUCAUUCCAAACGGAAUACCUCGAACCAUUCGUCUCCAGAUGGGGGUCCGUACACAAACAACCUACCAUCAUUGAGUAAUUUCCGCCCGGAACUUUCUCAGCCGUCACGAAAUAAUAGCGAUGGAAAGAGCCCCCAAACUGAGUUUCCAACAGUUAAAAGGCCACCACUAUUACCUCCCAUACCUCGAAUUGCACCCACACAUGCUGAACCAAAUAACACUACACCCGAAAGCAUCCCUCCCACUCCUCCACCAAAGAGCCCAGGUCGGGACUGGGGAACCAAAUUGGCGAACAAAGUCGAGCACUGGAAAGACGGUGCAAGGGAGAACACCGCCCCGUUCCCAGGUGCUGGUAUGCAUGCCAAUUCAAUAAAGCCUACUCAAGAUGUUCAGGGCUUUUCAACGUCGACGCACGAGACGGUAGGACUGGAUCCAUCCGGUCUGGCUGCGCAUGGAUCUCAAGCAUACCUCAUGAACGAGUUCUCAUCCAACUCGCUAUAUCCCCCAUCCUCCGUGUCACCAAUCUCACUUUCAGGAGAACAUACCUCGACGAGAUCUCCCAGUACUGAGGGCUCACAUGCACCAAAGUCAGCACGGGGCAGGUUGAACCUAUUGAAUCCCAUGGGGCUUUUUAUGCGACGGAGAUCUCAUCAAACGGUAGAAACGUCUAAUAAUGAUACUGCAUCACGUAGUCCAUUUGUUCCUGCUAUGACCCUACCUGAGGACUAUGACCCCCGAAUUCGAGGUAACAAGGUCCACGACUUCAGUGCUCCGAGGAAACGAGCAACACCCCCGGUGGAUAAUUCUUUUUCUUUCGGAGGUCAUACACGUAACGACACCCCGGAAUGUCAACGAGACUCUGCUGAUUCGAGUCCAUCAAAACUCGAUCACACUCCGAUAUUUAAGGAGAACUUCGAUGAUGACUUUGGACCACAGGAAAUGGAUCGUGCUUUACGAGCGGAGCAAUUGGCUAAUCAAAGCUUCCUGAAAAGGGCUUCUCUACAGCCGCCGUCUCCGCCAGACAAGGUGCCUCCUACGAUACCGAGCGAGACUGCUCCCUCGAUAGCUAGUCGUCGAUCGGUCUGCCCCCCAUCAAAUCUGAAAUUGGACACUAAUAAGGACUUACCUCCUCUUUCUCCCGUACGUGAGACGGAUGAUGUCAGCGAGGAUCCGCCAAAACAAGGUUCAUCUCCGAAAUCCCCGAAAUCACCGCCCAUCACGAGAUCACGUGCUGCAUCCGGGGCGGACCCAUACUUUCAAACUGCUGGUAUACCUCAGCAUACGACAAGUAAGGCUUCUAGAUUUAGCUUCCAGAUACUAGGCAAUGAUUCAGCGGCGCAAGAGAAGCUGCUUGAAGAAAGGCAUAAGGAGAAAGCAGCUGCGAAGGCACUCGCUGAGCGCCCUUCUCAACCGGAUGAGUUCGCCGAAGACGAUUACGACGAAGACGCGAUGUAUGAAGAAAUGAUGAAUGAAGAUGGUUUCGACGAGGAAAUUCCAGGAAUGCAAGAUGAUGAUGAAUUAGGUUAUGGUGGGUUUUCCGGGUACGGGGGCCUGGCGAAUGCCGACUUGAGCACGUUUGGCACACAGCAACCUAUAGUGUCAAUGCCAGCUGCUAUGAAUAACGGUCAAGGUUUUCCCUAUCACAGCGAGAGCAAACUAUCAAAAGACGCCGGCGUAAUUCUAGAUCUCCAAAUUCCAGCUCUGGGAGAAACCGAAACCAUCAACGACACUAAAUCUAUUGAUUCUGACACUUGUGUAGAUCUUCCAAUCAACGAAGGCAUACAUGAAGCUAUUGGAACUUCUCGAGGCGACUUUCGGAUGUCCUUCUCUAGCCACGGGCUUGAAAAGUUGCAAAACAAAGUGCAACGCGAAAGUGAUGAUCUUUACUUCGAUGAUGGUAUGAUUGAUGACCCUGUUGAUCAAGACGGCGAAGGCUUCGAUGAGUCUGUCUUCGACGAUCCGACGAAUCCGUUGUACGAACGUCCUGGACGAAAGUACAAGCCCUCGAAUGGGCCAGAGCCAUCAUUGGACAAUGAUCUGGGAGAAGAAAUGCCAACACUCGCGCCGAAGUCUAGUGUUCGAAGGGACUUUAAAGUAGAUGGGUACAAGGACAUCCCUAUCACCGAUCCUAGUGCCGAUCUUGAUAAUCUCAAUGCAUACCAUGAAGCUCUUGCCGAAGCUGCGAAUCAAGCAGCAGCGAGUGGCCGUUUCAAUCGACACAGCAUCCUCGAAUUGACUCAUGAGGCACACUCUUUGUCUCCCUCACAUUCUCAAUCUGAUGGGACAAGCUCGUCGCGUCCCAGCCUCAUACCUGAUGAUGGCCGCUUUAGUACGUCUACGGUCGCACCAUUUUCCCCGACAGCUAUGGGUAGCGGCGUCGGCUUUCCGGUCGAAGAUGACUAUGGUUACGAUGAUUUCGAUGGUGGCCUAGAAGACGAUCCCAUGAUUGCAGAGGCCAAUGCAGAAGCCCUCGCGUGCAACUUCGAAGAAGACUACGGUCAGGAAUUCGGAUUCUAUGCAUCUUCAUCUGGACAAGGCGAUGCUGUCUUCUCCAACGGCGGUUACUUUGGACCACGCGAUCAGAUGAUAGGACGUAGCACCAGUGGAAGGAACGCGGUCCAGGAACCGAAUCUCACGCCUAUUACAGAGCGCAGCGAGUACAGCACGCGGAAUUCUUUCAUUAGUAUCACCAAUCAGUACCCAUGGCAUGGACAGGGUCCUCAAGCUCUUACCAGUCCUGGGCUGGCCCAGCUUGCGCGCAUGAGCCCAAUUGCGUUUCCCGAGGACGAUUCGGACAUCAGCCUAGAGCAGCUUCGUAAGCUAAGGAGAGGCGCAUUCGGUGACAGUUCGAUGAGUCUGAAGAGCCCUGGCAGCUCCCCACGGAAUUCGCUGCCUAGCGAUGCUAAUGUCCCCAAGCACGGCAGCUCAGGCCUUGUUAGUGGGAUGAACUUCGUCCAAUGGGACUUGGAAAGCUUAAGUGUCCAAGGCACCAGCGACAGUGCAUCGCAAUUUGGUCCAGAUUCAUCUCAUCUUGACGAUCCAACACUGGAAGAAGACCCCGAAGCGCUUGAUGCCGUGAACUUCCCCAACGGCUCUGACUCUGAUUUUGAGCCCGAUGACGACAAUCACAAUUCAUUUCAUGGCUCGUACCUCGACGACAUCGACGCCGAGGAUAAUGAGUCGCCCACAAUCAGAGACUUCCAUCCGGACAUCCACACCACACCACUAUCAUCCCAAUCCGCAGCGCCUCUCAGCCCGCAGCUCAGCAUACCUAGCGCUUCAACUCCAUGCACUCUGGAUCUCUCCCCUCCAACCUCGCCUACCGCGCCACUUCCCUCGCUCCUGUCGCCUCUCGCGCCCAUGUCACCAUUCGCCAUCGCCCCGCCCUGGGCACAUUGCACGCCGCAGCAGCAGGGGUCCGUCGCGUCAUCUACGGUCACGAUGAGUCCGAGCGGCCCGCCGCCGAAUGCAUCCUGGAAGACGCAUAGCCGGAAGAGUAGCGCGGCCGAUAGCGUGACGUAUGUGCGUGAGCGUGACGAGCAAGGCGAGCAGAGGUGGGUGAUUGAGAGGAGGCGGACAGCGAGUACGGGCGAGAUGGAACUGGUAGGGAGGGAGAUUGUCGAGGGAGGGAGAAUUUGAGGAGAAGAAGCAUAUUGAUUAGUAGUGGAUAAAGAGGAGGUAAAAAAAGAAUUUGGGACAAAGGCAAUAUUUUUUUCAGGUACAUAUUUGCACUGAAAUGCUUCAAAGGUUCGUGAAGCUAUAAAAGGACAUCACAACAACGGGGAGGACAUUAGUUUUGCAUAUUAGCACUGGCGCAUACAUCAUUCACGGCGCCUAAGCACGACACAGGACAGGCUUAAGAGUGAGAGGCGAGGCCGUCGACAUCUACAUGUUCAUAUCGCAUCGCAUACAUUAGCAUGCCCACCACCACAGUCAAUAACUUCUAAUAACAAAACAACGCAGACCACGAAAUUUUCGCGUUCUGAAUUUUUUCU